AUGGACGGCUGGUUCAAGUCUGAGUUUCUUAGGCGGUCGAGUAGAGCGUCGUCAUCGGUAACGCCAGAUCUUACCUCAGAAGACACCAUUGAGGAGCUGGAAGAAUCCAACGAGCAGCAAGACACAUUGGAAGCUGACGAGUGCCCCUUUUCUGGGACGAGCUUCGACUCCAUUGUUGAUGACUUGAGUAAACGAUCGCGACUGCACGACGGUUUAGAAGCUCCUGGGUUUCUCGCCACUGCGUCCCCCAACGCCCGAUCUUACGUAUACUUCAGAGGCGCAUCCGGCUUCGAUUAUCUGCAAACGGCGUAUAAGAAAGUCCAGAAGCUCCUGUACGACACCGUGCGAGCACGCUGGCCUGAUAUCCACCUGGCCCAUUAUAGAGAUGGGCCACACGCUGUGAGACUCGGCCGGGACGAAUUGCACCGCGUCUUUGGCGGAGAGCACAUCGGCUGCUCCGACCUUGCAGCGAACAGCGCGGAAUCGUCGUGGCGCCUGAAAGACGCAAUCAUGGACAACGUGGACCUGCGCAACGCCGUCUGCCACCCAAGCGAGAGGCUACAGAAUUCCUGGUCAAUCGACGUGAUGCUGAAAUCGGCGCAGCGCCUGGCAGUAUGCCUAGAAGAUGGGGCGAUAAUGAUGGACAUUCGCGCUCUCCGGGACGACCUCGCCAAGGAGGCGAGGCAGACGCUGCGCGACUUUGAGGAGUCGGUGGCUCUGGCGUCCCUGCCAUUCGCCGGAACAUUAAACGAGGGUUGGGAGGCACAUCACGAGCGGCAUUUCUCGGGUGCUCUUCAUGAUUGGAGCCGCGGGCGUGAGUGCUCUGAUGAGGUGUUAGCACUGGCGCUGCAAUGGCGCAACUGGAAAACACCGUCAAGUUGA